GCCCUCUCUCGUCCCCAGAAACCAACCCCAAUUUGCCGUAAAAUUACAGUAACUGCCACUAUUUCAAAUAAACUAACCGCGGCCUUGGAACCGAAACAGCUUUCAAAUUCCCAUAAAGGGCGAAAGUGGCCAUUAGGUCACAAAAGUUGGAUGGCAUUUCGUUAAAUAAUCCAAAAGUCAAGUGGCAAGCUUGUAAUCAAAUCCCUUUAUAAAUCCGAAUUUCCAAUAGGGCCACUCGGGCAGUCACACAGUCUGCAACACAGACAACUAAAAUGGUUGGAUCCUCCGGUCUAAAAACUCUUCCUCCUCUCCAAGUUUUCUCCACCUUACCACCACCGCCGCCGUCUUCUUCCUUAAGCUCCAUGACCAAGCUCAAAACCCUAAUCCACACCCUCAUCUUCUCCCACAUCUGCCGCGCAAUUCGGUACCUAAACAAAGCCAAAUCCAAAACCAUAUCCUUUUUCAUUCAAGUCAUCAAGGACAGCCAGCCAAUGCAACUUAUUUAUCCUACAAAGAAGAGCAGGAGGAGCAAAAACAAGAACAAGAUCUUCUUCGGCUCAUUCCGGUUGCACUACAACUGGUGCUCCUCCACGCACGUUCUGCCCGUGCCGGCCCGCGUCUACGAGGGUCUGAGCUCGACAAGCCAUUUGUACUACGACUCGAAUUGGAAUUCCGUGAUUUCAACCGAGGAGAAAUGCGGUAGUCAUGACCAGAACAGCGGCGAGGCGCAGCUUUCCGGGUACCUACAAUGGCUCGAGGAAAACAAGGUGCAUGAGAAAUCCAUGGAUACUACUGAGGCAGAUGCAAAUGAGAUCGAUAAGCUGGCGGAUUUGUUCAUUGCGAGCUGCCAUGAGAAGUUCAUGUUGGAGAAGCAGGAGUCGUACAGGAGAUUCCAGGAAAUGCUUGCCAGAAGCGCUUGAAAACAUGUUGAACGAUCGAUAGUUGUUUAGUGUCUGUGUGGGAUCAAAUUUCUCUUUACCUUUCUCAUUAUUCUAUGAAAACAUGUUUCGAGUGAGGAAAGUGUUGAUUUGCUGGACUGAGUA